AUGCUCAGUUUAGAAUUUAUCAUAUCAUUACAUGUAUGGUAUGAGAUAUUAUCGCGUGUUAAUAUCAUAAGCAAAUUAUGGCAAUCUUUACAAGUCCAUUUAAGCAAUGCUCUUGAACAUUUGCGUACAUUUUGUGACUGGAUCAAAGAAUAUCGACAAACUGGAUUCGAAAAAUGCUUGUCUGACGCUCGUCAAUUUAUUGAGAAUAGCAGUUAUGAACUGCCAAAAGACUUUAAAAACGAAAGGGUAGCCAAAAAGAAAAGGAUGUUCGAUGAUGAAGGCAGCGAUCAACCUAUACAGUCUCCCAAAAGCAGGUAUGAAACAGAUUUUUUUAACACCACGAUUGAUUCUAUAAUAAGCAAUAUGGAUUCAGGAUUUAUGUCUUUAAAUCAACAUUUUGAAAAUUUUGGUUUUCUCUAUGAUCUAAGCAAGUUAAAAAAUAUUCCAAAAGAGCAAAUAUUAAAAAACUGUCAAGAUUUACACUCAGUCCUGCGAGUGAGUGAGAGCAGUGACUUACAACCUUACGAAUUAUAUGAAGAAUUACAAACAAUGAUCCCAAAUUUACCCAACUUCAUUAAAGAUGUGAAACAGCUGCUCCAAUACAUAACAUAA